GGGAAAGCUGUGCGUCGAUUUGGGAGCUGCAUCGACACAGCCAAGUCCGUCGAGACUGUCUGCAACAAAAGGGUAUCGAAAGGCGCCGCGGCCGAGGACGGCGGGAGCUGUCGUAGGCAUCUGAUGGGUGCCGUCAGAAGCCACGGCUGGCGCCAGUGGGGCUGGUGUUGCGCCGCUGUCAAUGCUGCCACGUGCCACCUGGUCCUGCCGCUACUUUCCUCGGUUGUCGCAGUAUGCUGCUUGGUCAAAGAAGGAGGAGGCCUGGGGAUGAUAGGCCUGUGGGUUUGCGUGGUGGCAGCAUCUGUGAUGAUGCAUCCGUGCUUGCGGGGACAAGGCUGGCAGGUAGGCAGCAAGCCAAGAACACAGGAAAACACCGUAAUUGCAGGCGUUCGUUUGUACGUGUAUCAUGUGUCUGGGCUCGUUCAUGGUUUAGGUGGCCAGACUGGCGGUCUUGGUGGUCAACGACAUGCUCACGGGGGACAAAUCGACAACCACUGCGGUGCGUACUCGCAAGGACAGCAGGGCAUGCAAAGGAGCUCCUUGCCAUUUCUGUGGCGUACAUACCUCUCUCUCCCUCUCUCCCUCUCUCUCUGUGUGCGGUGUGGCCACAGGUGAUGCUGACGGGCUUGCUCCAGCUUCUAUGCAUAGUAGCGUGGCUCGUAGAGCGCAUGGCGAGCGGGUCGGCCGUCCCGCCCCCCUCGAGGGCCAAGGAGGCCCGUGAAUCGCCGCCUCCAUCCACGACGGCCCACUCCACCGAACACCAGCACACCAUUACCGACCGCAACGCAGACCUGGUAAGAUCCAUCCGUCCAUCCAUCAUGCACCUCUUGCUGCAGACAGUGAGUGCAACACUGCCUGGUGUGUGUCGGUGCUGCUUUGCAGGGCAUUCCCAGGACCACUCCAUUCUCCCCGACCCGCCUCUUCUCCUUCCUGCGGCCGCCCAGCGACCUGUCGGCUCGCCAGGAGCCCUUCAAGUGUCACAGCAAGGCGCGCGACAUGGUGCCCAUCGGAUUCACCCCCACUGACGAUGGCGUCUACCUGACGACUGACCAGGACCGCCACGCCAACAAUUACGCGGACACGCAGACCGCCGCCAGUCGCCUCAUUGGGCAGGCGCUGCACACCAUGCUGGGAUCAUUGCAAUGGGGCCCUAUCGACGUAUGCUCCUCGCUCAUGCGGCAGAUCGAGGCGUCGCCCAUCAUGGCCCACACCGUCACGACCGAGGAGUGCCUGCUCUCCCUACCAUUCGAUGAGGCGCGCGGCUGGGGCGUGGCGGUCUAUCCUUUACUCAACAAAGGCCUCUUCGGUGGGAUGAGCCUGCAGCGGGGGAUGGGCGGGGGCAAGAGGGAGGCCACGCACUGCGGUGUUGUCAUCGGCACCCCCGAGAGGCUCAUCAAUGGUGUGGGUCACGUCGGGUAAGUAAGGCAACAUAGUGGAUGGAUGGUGCGGAUCCUAUCGCAUCACCGUCCAUCCAUCCAUCCAUCCAUCCAAUGUGUGUGUUGUGUUGUGGUGUGGUGUGUCGUGGUGUGGUGUGUGUGUUAUGCAGGCGCGCGUCUCGGCUGGGUGUCUUUGUUGAGUGGGAGCGCAUGGUCAAGGACUGCGAGCGAGAGAGCAUCAUGAAACUAGCACAAGGCGUCAAGAAGGUCAGGACUGGUCACGUGUUCUCUUUUAUGUGCGUGAUGUUGAUCCAUGUAUGUAUCUCAGGAGGGCCAGGAGUGUCUGCUGGUGGGUCUGCUGCCUCUGAGUGCCAUGGACAUCCCCGCCCUGUUCCCCUCCCCCCUGCACCCCAACACCGACCUGCUCUCGUGCAUCAUCUCGCCCGACACCCCGCCCGCCCCGCCACCCCUCACCAUCCAGUCGCUCUGGCAUUCCUUCCUCGAGCACACGGGCUGCUUCGACGGCAUGCCCAUGAGUGCGGUGACCGGCCAGCUGCCCGCCAAAGCGGCUGGCGUGCUGGCGCUGGGUAUGGUGGCCCAGGAGAAGCGGGAGCAUGACCACAAGACCAGGGAGGUGGACACGGCUGCCUCGGCGACACCUGUGGGCGGCGGAGGGGGCGGUGCUGGUGUUGGUGUGUGGUGCGACGCCAACACGGUCGACGGCAGCAGUGAGAGCGAGCUGGAGGGUGGCGUGAGUGAGGAGGCCGUCACCGAUCAGGAGGGCAAGUGUGCAGAGGGAGGGGUUAGUGACGGUGAGGGUGUGGCCUCGGCCUGUUUGUUUGAGGCCGCCUUUCUGGCGGCGUAUGUGCUCCUGUUGAGCGGCAUCUGGCAGCCCAUACAGGUGGGUGAACACGGCACGCACAAACACAUGAGCGGAAAGCCGGAAGGACCGUGUUUGCUGCUUGGUUCCCUCAGGUAUUGCUGUUUGUGGUGUUUACGGUUACCCUGCCGCCCACCACACGGCCGCUCCUGUCGGCUGUGCCGCUCGGGGGCCUCAUCAUGACCAUAAUCGUCGCCACACACAUGACGUGUGGCGGUGGUGCCGUCAAACAGACGGCCACUCUCAUUAGGUACGCUUAAACCCACCAGACGGCUACAUGGGUCGCUCAUGACUCACUCCGUUGUGUUGUCUGUUGUCUCUCAUGGAUGCGAUGUGCGCAGCGGUUGGCUGACGGUGGUGCUGGUGUCUUUGGCCAGCAGUGGUGCUAACACGGAUGGGGGGCUGGUGGUAAGGGGCACGUGUGUGCUGGCGGGCAGCGUGGCGGCACUGGCUCUCUGGACGAACCUCUACAUGGCCCUUCCCGCAAUGCCCAUACUGUGAGUGAGAGCACUGACGGCUGGCCCACGGGCAAAUGUCACAGAGCAAAUUGCUUUCUGUGUGUGUGUGUCGUCAGGUCUAUCAUAUCGUCGUGUUGGUUCCCCUUGUUUGGCGUCACGAUAGCAAGCGGCACAGCCAAGUGGCUGACGUCCAUCGACUAUGGGGGCGCUGACUGACACACACACACACACACACACAGGGUGGCCGGGAGAGGAAUGAAGGCGCUUUAGUCGGCAGCAUCGCUGUUCAUGUAGAUACAUACGAACAUACAUACAGGUGUCUGGCUGUGGGUGUGGGUGUCUGGUGUGAUGUGUCGUGUCUCGGCCUGCCUCUGCCCGAAGGGCACGCCGGCAAUGUGUUGGUUGAUGUUUUUCGCCACCUUUAUACGUACGUGUCUGUCUGUAAUCGGCUGACGGCGUCAUACCAUUCUACAUGGGUUUAUAUUAUGCAUGGACGCGUGUGUCUGUCGAGUGGCUUAUGUCCCGUACGUGACGAUGACGCCUUUCUGCGUGCGGGCGUGCGUGACAGCCAGACACUUUUUGGUUUAGUUGUCUGUUCAUUCGUUGGGACGGGCAGCUUCAUGUGUUCAUGUGCAUACGACACGGCCAGUGAAUGGGACAGUGUACAGACCUGCCUCGGCGCAAAACACCCUCCACCA